AUGAUCCAUGAUGUGUCCGUUGAUCUAUCAAAUUUGAAUUCUGCUUUGUGUUCUUCCUCAAGAUCUCGUCGGAUUCCUGAAAUAGCUCAUUCUUCAGCUGAUCUCUAUAAAUUUCACCGCCAGUCUACAAUUAAAACUCCAAAUUGCUGUUCACUGCUUAAAGAAUUAAAUAUUUUUCGCUUYCGUGGUAAACGUGCUGGUCGUCGCUUUCGCAGAAAUUCUUCGCCAGUAAACAAGACUCCAUCUGAAACUGCAUCCAUACCUUCAAGUAAAGAUUUCAUUCGUUUUUGUCUUCUAAAUACAAGAUCCUUGAAUAAGAAAACCCUUCGUGUUAAAGACUAUAUUGUUGAACAUAAUUUUGAUAUAUUUGCUGUGACUGAAACAUGKCUAAAAGAUGACUCUGACUUUGAAAUCCGUGAUGUGUGUCCCUCUGGCUACUCUAUUUCUCAUCUUCCUCGUAAAAAUCGUUCAGGUGGUGGUGUGGSUGUUAUUUAUCGUAAUUCCUUCAAUGUAAAACUAUGUGAAUCUGCUGUUUAUAAUUCCUUUGAAUCCAUUGAGCUGAAAUUUCGUUCGCAUGACCAAGUUUUUUGUGUUGUUGUUGUUUAUCGACCUCCUUCCUCGUCGUUUGGAUCUUUCAUUCAAGACUUCUCCUCAUUGUUAAAACCGUUGUCCAUUUAUCCUGGUAAGCUUUUAAUUUAUGGUGACUUUAAUGUUCAUGUCGAUGACAAAAAUGACAAUUCAAGCAAGAAAUUUUUGGAUCUACUUGACUGUUUUUCUCUACACUGCAUCGACACGACUUCCCCUACACACAAGAAAGGCCAUGCUCUUGACCUUUUGAUAACAAGAACUGAUGAUGUCUUCUUUCGUAAUUUCUUUAUUCAUGAUCCUGUUCUGUCUGAUCACUUUGCUGUUCAUUGUUCGCUGUCUGCUGUCAAACCUAUUUGCAAGUCACGUACUGUCUCCUAUCGUAAAAUUUGCUUCAUUGAUUUAGAUGCUUUUCGCCAAGACAUUGCUAAGUCGAUGCUGUGCAAGUCGCCCGCUACUGAAUUGUCUGCUUUAUGCCACCAAUAUGACGCUGUUCUUGCCGAAAUACUAAACAAACAUGCACCUCUUCGAACUAAAAUAAUUUCAACUCGUCCCCGGGCUCCCUGGUAUAAUGACGUCAUCAGAGAAAACAAAACAAAACGUCGAAGACUCGAAAGGCGUUGGCGAAAAACAAAACUAACUAUUGACAAAGAACCCUAUGAAAAACAAAGGAAAAUCGAAUUUGAUCUCAUUUAUGUUGCCAAAAUGUCUUAUUAUUCUAAAUUGAUUGAUGAUUCUGGCUGUGACAAUAAAACCUUAUUCUCAACUAUAAAUAAGCUUCUACAUCGAACUCCAGAAAGAAAACUUCCUAGUGCACCUUCAAUGCAAGUCCUUGUUAAUAAUUUUGCUCACUUCUUUGAAGAUAAGAUAACCACCAUCAGAGAUGAACUGUCAACUCGUGUCCUUCCUGAUUCUGAUAUCUUCGUUGAUCUGGAUUCUUCUUCUAAAGAUUGCUGUCUCGAUUCAUUUAUGCCUGUCAAUGAUGAAGAUGUAUUUGUUCUAUGUAAAAAGCUGUUAUCUAAGUCCUGUAGCCUCGAUCCUAUUCCUGCUGAUCUUUGCCGUCAAAAUCUUG